AUGGAUCGUGUCAUGAAAUCAGCCUUCUACAAGGGUUACAUCCAAAACGUCACCGCAGAGGCGACGAUGCAGAUGGUGGCUGCAAUCAUUCGGCGCCGGAAGGACGAAAUCGGCGACGAGAAUGUCUAUUGGAGAGACAGGCGGCCUCGGUCUCCGGUGUACAACGACGAAUGGGAUCUGAUGAGAGCUGAUUUGGAAGACGUUGAAGCUGAUAUAAUCUCUCUGGGAAAGCAGAAAGAAGAGCUGAAGCAGGCAAUUCUGCGUAAAACGUCGCCAAAGCUUCCUUAUCCUCCUCCAGGUCCUGUCAAAGGUGCUUUGAGGCUGCAGGAGCCAUCUCGUUGGGGAGUGGAUCAUAUUAUUCGAGCCAUCGUCCGUCGUCAGGAGCGGCUGCCACGUGGUACGAGCUUGGAUUGUUGGGAGUGA